AUGAUUAGGGCACCGCUUCUAAAACGGUUGACCCGACAUAUUCACGCUGGCAGACUGCUACGAAAGCCUGCUAGUGGCAAAGAAUCCCCCAGGGUAAACCAAUUGGGUAUUCAAUACUUAUCCCAAGAUGUUCACAGAAAGGUUUUUCCUAAGAAUCCACCAAACGCGUAUAAGAAGGUGGAGAACGAGGAGCUUCUCGAGUUGACGAAGCAGCAUCUACAGCAUAACAAGCUUCUAGGAAAGAAAACCAACAUCUCUGAGCCCAUAUCAAUACCCAAUUUGCCUGAAUUGGUGGGUAAGAGCUCGCUUGACGAGCACUUCACGAGAAUUGGGUUUGAAUCUUCCCAACCUUACUUGCGCAUGGCCGAAACGCUAUUCAGUAGAGAUACAAACCUACCGAAGCGGCCUGCCAAAUGGGAGCUUACAAGCGGCUGGACUCGGUAUGCUCCUGACAAAAAACCAGAGAAAGUGGAGUUUCCUCUUGAAAAUGAACUUGUUUUCGACGUCGAGGUAAUGUAUAAAAAGUCUCCCUACGCCGUCUUAUGUACAGCUGUUUCACCCAAGGCCUGGUAUGGCUGGGUCUCACCUGUACUCACCAGUAAAACAAAAAACUGGAACCAUUUGAUACCCUUUAACACACAAAAUGACGAAAAGUUACUUGUCGGUUACAACGUCAGCUAUGAUAGAGCACGUAUUCUUGAGGAAUACAACAUCAAGGAGUCAAAAGCAUUUUUCCUAGAUGCAAUGGCACUUCAUAUAGCCUUAAGUGGCAUCUGCUCUCAACAGCGACCGACCUGGGUGAAGCAUAAGAAACACAAAGUUGCCUUGGAAUCACUGGAAAAUGCUGACACCGACAAUGAGAGCUCUGAAUCACAAAAUGCAGACGCAGAUGGUGAAGUGUCCAUGACGGAUGUUGCCAAGGAACUAAUGGAAGAUCCAUGGCUCGACAAAGGAGCAACAAACUCUUUGGCAAAUGUUGCUGAAUUUCAUUGUGGAAUAAAACUAGAAAAAGACAUCAGAGAUCUAUUUGCCACAGAGGAUAAGGCACUCAUUAUUGAAAGUUUUCAAUCGCUCAUGGACUAUUGUGCCCUGGACGUCAGUGCCACAUAUAGUGUUGGCAAGAAGCUCUUUCCCGAGUUCAGAGAAAGAAACCCCCAUCCCGUCUCUUUCGCAGCGCUCAAACAAUUAGGCAAGCUUUUUUUGCCAACGACAAAAAAGUGGGAUGCCUACUUGAAAAGUGCAGAGAGUCUCUAUGAGAGAAAUCGUAAUCAAGUCAGUGAUAUCUUGCAAGAAAGAGCAAACGAGCUAGUUCGCUACAUAACCGAGAAUGAUGAGAGUCUCAAGCCUGACACUGAAAAUGACCCUUGGCUUAAGCAGCUUAAUUGGACCUUGAAGAAAGAGCGUCUACGAAAGGAUGGAACUCCUGUUGCGAAUCAGGCUUACUUAACGGGUUACCCUGAAUGGUACAGAGAGUUGUUCAAAACAUCCGUGGUAGACAAUGGCGAGAAAACAAGGAACAUGAAUAUCACUGUCCGAACUCGCAUAACUCCUUUAAUUCUACGUCUAAAGUGGGAGGGCUAUCCAUUGAUCUGGACAGACACCGCUGGAUGGUGCUUCAAGGUUCCAUAUGAUGAGGAUAUCAUCAAUUCCAUGCUUGCAAAGAACUAUACGAAGGCACGCUUAAGCCCCAAAGAGGCUGAACAAAUGCUCCCAGAACUUCGUGAUGAUGGAGUGUUUGAACUAUUCAAGGUACCUCACCCUGAUGGCCCACGUAAACGCUGCACGAUAAUCAUGUCACGCAGCUACUUGCGCUACUUCGAUAGUGGUGUGCUAACAUCUGAGUACGAUUACGCCACAGAAAUUCUCAAUCUUAAUGCUGCAGCUUCCUACUGGAUAGGAAACAGAGCACGUAUAUCAGAUCAAUUUGUGGUGUACAACGAUCCUAAUGGUGCGAGCAACAACUUCUUGAAGACGAAGAAAGAAAGCAAAGAACAUCCAGAGAUGGGGAUGAUACUUCCCAAACUUUGCACCAUGGGUACUAUUACGAGGCGUGCAACAGAAAACACUUGGCUCACUGCCUCCAACAGCAAGGCUAACAGAAUAGGUUCAGAACUUAAGGCCAUGAUCGAGGCACCAAAAGGAUAUGCUUUUGUUGGGGCAGAUGUUGACUCAGAAGAGCUUUGGAUCGCUUCAUUGAUUGGCGACUCCAUGUUUCGUAUUCAUGGUGGCACUUCGCUAGGGUGGAUGUGCUUAGAAGGCGACAAGUCCGAGAAGACAGAUUUGCAUUCUAGAACAGCCGAGAUUAUGGGAAUUCUGAGGAACGACGCUAAAAUUUUUAAUUAUGGAAGAAUCUACGGCGCCGGAGUUAAGUUUGCAACUCGUCUUUUGAAGCAAUGCAACGUCAACUUGUCCGACGAGCAAGCCGAAAAGCUCGCAUCAGCUUUGUACGAGCAAACGAAAGGUCAAACAAGCUCUUCAAAGAUUUUUCAGCGGAGAGUGUACCAUGGUGGAACUGAGUCUGUCAUGUUUAAUGCACUCGAAGCUAUUGCAUACCAAGAGCGUCCGAGGACCCCAGCAUUGGGUGCAUCAAUUACGGAUGCAUUGACACAGAGGUAUCUCAACAAAAACAACUACUUGACAUCAAGAAUCAAUUGGACGAUUCAAAGCAGCGGGGUGGACUACUUGCACUUGCUUAUCAUCUCUAUGGAGUAUCUCUUGAAACGUUAUAAGGUUGAUGCUCGUCUCAUGAUUACAGUUCACGAUGAAGUUCGAUACAUGGCCAAGGAGGAAGAUAAAUUGAAAUGUGCACUUUUGCUUCAGAUUGCUAAUCUCUGGACCCGAGCGAUGUUCUGCGAGCAGCUCAACAUACUUGAGCUUCCACAGUCAUGUGCCUUCUUUUCUGAAGUCGACAUCGAUCACGUAUUGAGGAAAGAAGUAUCGCUCGAUUGCGUGACUCCGUCUCAUCCGACUGCAAUACCGCCAGGGAAAUCAUAUGAUAUGAUUUCAUUACUCAGAGCUAUCAAUUCAGAGGAGGUCUUGAAAGCCAAGGCUACUCCUCUCAAAAGCGCUAGGGAUUUACAGUACUCUAAUAGAGAACCUGUGAUUAAUUCUCUUCAAGGCGAUGAACUGGAGAAUUUGCGAAUCGCAAAACUCAGACUCCAAAAUUCCAUAGAUAAAGAUGACUGGAGAUGUAACGUUGCCAUCUUCAAUAAAUUGGAGAGAGAAGAGAAGAGGAGACUUACUAAACCUACACUGCCCGCCUUAUCAGGAAAACCCACAAGAAGGCGGAAAAUAGACGAUGAUCCUGAUUUGAGUAAGGACGGAAGUGCAAGCAUCAAAGAGGAGAUACAAAAUGCAUCAGUUUUAAAAAAGUCUAGAGCGCCAAAGAGUCAAUUUCCUUUUAAACGGGUUGCUGUCAAGAAAACAAACAGCAGCCUUCCUCGCUCUACACAAGCUAGCACGACGAGCAGUUCGCUGGCAUUGCCAAUUCAAAAAAAUGUCAGCUUUGGUCAGGCGAAGGCUUCGGCAGGCUCACGGUAUGUUUCAACGUCCUACUACUCAACAUUUGAUGGUGGCCUCAGUGGUUUCUACGGAAGCAAACGUGCUUACAACAAGGGUACGAAGAAAGAACAGGGCAACCUUGCCCUCAAGUUCCCAAAGCAGAGUUUGGGUGCUUUCAAGAGAUCCUUCAUUACGAGUUGUCUUCACUCGACCAGACUCUGGUCUUCUAUUGACGAUCACAAUUUUGAGCGACCGAAAAAGCUUCGACACGAGUUGGAAAGCAAGGUGAGACCCCAGAAACCCAAGGAGAUUUUUCGACGACGAUGCUAA